UGUCCGGAAUAUCAUAACAAAAUUUCAGAUUCACAACCCCACGCAAUAUUUGAUGCGUCGCGGUCAAACAUUGACAAUUUAACUGCUAAAAGGCUUAAAAAAUCAAUUGUGGUCUUGUCUCCAUUUACACUACAUUUUGGGUCAAUUUAGCGAAAAAUUUGAAUGUGCUAAAAUCACUCUAAUUCAUUUAGAAUAUUGUAUUGCUGAUGAUUUAAGGUCAAAACAAGCUAAAAUAAUGACAAAAAAACUUAAUUUCACCCCAAUAUGAGCCAACCUAGCCCCGGUCUAAGUUUGGUUUCAUUUUUACAAGUCUUGUUGUGUUGCCAUUCAUUUUGUAAUUUCUUUGAAACUGCUUAGGCCUUGAUUCUGAAAGUUGUGCCCUAAGCAGCAAAGAUAUUCCUAAAUCACAUCCUAAGUUUUCAGCUCCAUAGCUUGCUUAUUCUGGCCAGGGCUGGUCUUUGAAUUUGGUGGUGUUGGCUGCAAAAUCAUGACUUUUGUCGAUUUUGUCCUCUUUCGUCGCUUUUGGCACAGUUGUACCACUCUUGGAAAUGUCUCUCAUUUCUCCAAAAAUUUCCAGAUAUCACUUUCCUUUGUUGGAGAGUUGUGGGAUGUCAUCUACAUUAGUUAGAAAAAAUUCUCAAAGUGUUAACCCCUGAAAUCUACCUUCAUUGAGACAAGACCACUAAUGAAUAUUCAUAGGUUGGAGGGUCGAGGCCUAUCAUUUAGACGAGUGAAUGUUUUUAACUCUCAAGUACAUAUUUGGAGAGGUAUUGAAAAAAUAUUUGUUGUGGUAAGUCUACAGAUGUAAAGAAAUUAUUUGAUGAAAAAAUUAAUUUCGAAUUUUGCUAAUAUGGUAAUAGGGGGCGUGUUUUGAGAUUUUUCUGCCAGUUGGCUGAAAAGAGUGGAAAUAUCAAUGUCUGUCUAAUUUGUCGAUUAUCAAAAAAAUUUUGUGGUCAACUACCAGUUUAUUUUUCCCCAUUUACUUGCCCGACUGUCCGGAAUAUCAUAACAAAAUUUCAGAUUCACAACCCUACGCAGUAUUUGAUGCGUCGCGGUCAAACAUUGACAAUUUAACUGCUAAAAGGCUUAAAAAAUCAAUUGUGGUCUUGUCUCACGUGGUUGUAAACAACGGAGAAACGGAAAGAUUACUCAUAAUAAUCAAAUACAUUGAUUUUAGAUCAGAAUUGUGCUUCAAUUAGAUGUAAGUUGUGUUGCGAAUAGUUAUAGCAGACGGUGAAUGUGUUUUUGUGCUUUAAAAUGGCAGAACAGGCUGCAAACGCGCUGAAUAAACUUGGUCGAUGUGAAUUGCAUGGCGUAGAUGUUGACAUUGCUGCAUUGCUCGACGCAGCACUUGAUUAUUUUGAUGAUAGUGAUUGUGAGGAGGCAGGUGCUAAUGAUUCGAGUGAUUUGGAUGGAGAAGAGGCUGUGCUCGAUAGGCUGCAUAUACCAGGAAAUCCUGAUUUCGACUCGGUGAUGACUGAACUUGACCAUGCUGCAGCAGAAACUUUGGACUUGGAUGACGAUGUCUUGAACUUUGAAGAUGAAAACUUUGAUCGCCCCACUGUGACUGUCGACAAGGGAGAAGAAGUACUCGCUCCAGUUGCAUGUACUUUGAUUCGUGGUGAUUCUGUGCAGGAACGUACACUUAUUGAGAACUUUGACUGCAAGUGCAAUCCGUUUAAAGAGGGGAAUUGUAUCAGGCAGUUUUCGACGGAUCACAUACAGACACUGCGUAUGAACAUGAGUGCCGCUACUGCUGGCGAGAAGGAAAUGUACAUCAUUGGCAAAAUUAGUUGCACCAUGAACCUGUCAAAGCAGACCAAAAGGAAGUCACAGAAGGACAGAACGCGAUACAGGACUACCUGGAUGAUUGAAAAUAAAGUAGUUUGUCGCAACGCCUUCCGAUUCAUGCAUUGCAUUGGCAAUGACAGGCUGAAGAAACUGACUGCUGCAUAUGCUGCUGAUGAGGUCGAACCAUUGGAGAGGAAAGCUGGUGGCCUUGUUGACAAUACGAAUCUCAUCACCUAUGAAGAUAUCAAGCGGGUGGUGACCAUUCUGUUAAACUGACUUCCUUCAAAAACAUUUGGAAUCGUCUCCUGCCAUACAUCGUUCGAACUCGGCCAAUGUCCGAUUUGUGCUGGAUGUGCCAGAAGAACAAUGCUGCAAUUUAACGAAGUGCAAGUUUGCCCUUAGUUGUCAAAAAUGCCAAGUUGAAGAAACAAUUGGAACAUCUUGACAUUGUGUCGAAAGAGAGAAAUCUAUACAGAGCGAUGA